AUGGCCAUGGAUAGCUCGCUCAAGGGAGAACCUGCUGGAGAACAGCCAGAACGAGAAGAGCCAACCGCUGAGCAAGACGAAGAGGGUGAAGCACGCAAUUUUGAGUUCACAUUUGUCGAUGGGGGUUCGGAGUUGCCUGCGAUGGUAGCUGCUGAUGAGAUCUUCUGCAAUGGUCGGAUGAGGCCUCUGUGCCCCAUCCUCCAUGAAGCUGUGCUGCCCGAUAUUGCGAUCCAAGACCGGGAUGACGACGGCCUUAAUUCCAGGAACUCGAGGAAAAGGCCUUCGCGCAGGCCACUUAAGAAGCUCAUGAGCGAAGAACGAGACCUGUUUGCGUCCGGCUCUUCCUCCGAAGCGGAUGAACUCGACCGCGUAGCUCCAGAAAUGUAUUGUGCGUGGACGCCAAAAUCAUCAGGAGCAUCGCAGAUACGCUCUAAAAGCAAGAGCAAUUCUACUCAUGAUUCAAAAAGGUGGAAACUCAAAGCUAUGCUCUCUGAUUGA